AUGAAAAUUGCGGAGAGCACAAUUUUUAUCACGGCAGUUUUAGCUUCUGUUGCUGGUUUUCGUGGAGUUUCAAGGUCACACUCAAGCAGACAUCUUCCCCUCUACAGCUACAACAAUCCGUACGCCCAAAGGUAAGCUUAUUACAGAGUGCGGUUUAUUCUUGGUGUGAUAUAAAAAUGACCGUUCUUCCUAAACUUAGUAAGCGUCCCCUUGAAAGUUCUGAGAUGUAAAUUUUAACUGGCUUAAUAUUCAACUCAGUAAAGCAUGUUUUUCAGCUCAUCGUAAACUCAGACGCAUUGAAAAAAGGAUUAAAAUUGUUACGUCUUGCUGUUUUGUAUAAGUUAACUCGCGAGUUUCCUUUUUCCCAAAAUAAAGAUCAAACUUUCUUGCGGUGACUGAAACGUUUCAGGAGAUAAUUACUUUCAUAUUGACACCAAGGCGCGAAAAUUCGCACCAAAAUAAAGUGUUUUUAAUGACGCCUGCCAGAGUCUAUCUUCCAUAAAAACAAAGAAGGUGCGACGCAACUACAGUUCACGCAAAUCUUGAAUUCACGCAAUAUCAAACGUAGUGUGGUCAGCAUCAUAUGCACAAGGCCUGUCAUAUGUCCUGCAACAUUCUGUAACCUCUAAGGUAGCAUUACAAGACAUGCGGGGCCUUGAAAAAACUGACUUAUGCUUUUUCGUGAAUGGAACUGAUGAGUACAAAAGUGUGUGAUUAUCGCUGGUUAUGACAGAAUAAACCCGGCGCCAUAAAUCAUCAGAGUUUCAGUUUCUGGAAACAUUACAGAUUCAGGUUUGUCUUUUUUAGCGUACCUAACUUCCAACCUUUGACAUGCGACAGUAAAGUUUCAUUAUUUCGUGACGAAAGAGGAGAAAAAUAAAUUGUUUAAUACUCGAUAUCCUUUUGACUCGGGGAAAUACGAAAAGAAUAAUUCAACCUAUCACUCCUGUAAUCACGCCGUGUGGCGUAAUUGAACAGAACUGUAUGGAAUACUGAUAUGAGCCAGCUGAGUCAGAUUUCCGGACGAAAAGAAACAAUCGCUAAAGGGAGAUGACACUAGGAAUUUGACUUUUUGUGACUAUUAUUGUUUUUGCCGGAAAUUUUGUUUUGUUUUGGCUCUAAAAUCAGACGAAAUGUUCAAGAGUCUUUGUUCUGGAAAAGUUUGUAUUUGGCGCGAAAACGUCAUCUUUAUGAGAUUCCGCAGGGUCGGAUCCAGAAAAUUCAGAUAGAGGUGGCCGGGAAACUUGCCAGCUAUAUGGAUUCCUUUUAUUUUGCUGCCGUAAUUGUAAAAGUAAUACAAAAAUCAACAGAAAAAAAGGGGGGGGCGGGGUGGAGACGCCCUCUCGGCCAUCCUCUAAAUCCGCGCAUGGUCCCGAUGCCGGGUUUUACAAUCCUGUCUCGACUCAAUUUUUUUUCCGUUCCCUACUCCCCAGUGUUCCCCGGUUUAAUCCUCAAUCCCUGCCUUCAAAUGAGGCAAGUCCCGGAUCCCAAAAAACCUAUUGAAGACCCUCCUCCAUCAAAGUUGUCACACUGAGCUCUUCCUCACUCAACUCAAAACUGCACUCGAUCAUAAAACGGAAAAAGUGAAAUUUUAGAGCCCUAUCGGAGCGCUACGAAUUAGCCAACACAAGACUCUUGUGGAAUAAGUUAGCUGUUUUUCCGUAGAAAUGCUUGCUGCUCGUAGAAACUAAUUACGCGAACAGUACAAAGACCGCAACUCUGGAGCGUUUUACAUGAACCAACCCCAACUGGUCGUCCCUGCUAACUUUUUAAAAGAAAAUCGAAAAGUCACACGGCUAUUUGCACUGUCAGACUCUUGUUAACCACCGAUGUAAUCUGUCAUAGCCACGAAACUAAAAGGAGGGUAAUUACUUGUUGUUAUCUCUUGAAGAUAGAUAAAUUAUGAUAUUAUGACCUCCCUGAAAGUAUCGAUUGCGGACAGCUACACAGGAUAAUAUAGAUAAGACCACUGAUUUCAGGAAAGAAAAGAUAUCUUUUUUCUGUCACUAUUGAUAUCUACCACUACUUUUUACACAGAAUAGAUUUUCAUGUAGGUCUUAUACAUAUAUAUGACUGAGUCACUUACAAUUAAUAUCCCUUUUAAUUUCUGUCUCCACUUAUUCUAAGCGCUUUUUGGGAGUAGAGAAUAUAAAUUUUGGCCUUAAAGUUAGACUUUAGUACAACCUCUUUGUUUUGAGCGCUUAUAAUAGCAUUUUACGCAAGAAAAAAUAAAUCAUUAUGAUUGUUCCUUGCCUUUGUUACAAACGACUCUCGCACGAUCUCUCGCCCUCUUCAGAGGUUCUUUGUGUCGUAGACGGAAAAAAAGCGCGCAGGGGACGACGGGAAGGGGAACUCCUCUUCCUGUCGUCCACAACGCGCUCACUAAAACCCAGGCGGAGUCUCUGGGGAGGAGAGAGUGCAACCGCCUCGUUUUUAGGGUAUUCGAAUUUCCCUGCCUCCUCCCCACCAGAAAGGAGAAGGGGAAUGCGACUCCUCUAAAAACAAUUUUUAAUAUUGUUGAACAAAGUGAAAGUGAUAAAGUGAUAUAAUAGCCAUUUCUGAAAUCGGUUGCAGCCAACACGGUUUCCAAUCAAAAAGGCUGGUACUCGAUCCUUCGAACAAGCUACCACUGUACAGACGUACCGGUGUCAAGGCACCAAGUCCUCAAAUACAAAGCCAAGAGCCUAGUACCCAGGCACCAUCCCCGGGUACCUCGGCCUCUAGCGGACAGUACUGUAUUUACCAGAAACCCAAGCAAGUGACUUGUAAUGUAGCGCACAUGAAAAGAGUAACCCACCAGUUCAAGUGCUAUUGUGGAACACAAUCUCAGCAAAAAGUUUGCACUGGUCACAGGUGUGUAAUUAUUAUUACUGAGUUAGACCAUGAACAAACGUAAAAGACGUGCGCGCAAAUGAUUCAUUAUUUGAAUUCAAGUUCUACAUGCUUACUUUUUUUGAAAAAGAAGUGAAUGGUUAUUUCUUUGUGUUCCCCAUUGUUUCCUGCGCCUAAGACUUGGUUGCACGAUCCAUGACGUGUGACACUGGUUUGACACUUGGUUACAUUUUACGGGCCUUGACUUUUCCCGCCUCCAGCUACUCGGUCCGAAGUCACGUACCGCGUGUGGACGGGAAGCGUUGCGUGACUAGGGCCAAGUGACUGCACAGAAAACAACCUGUACCGUUCAGAUAGUGGGCUGGGGCACAAAGUCAAAGAGCGGGUCGCUGUUCCCUGCUCACAUCUCUUCACGCCGUUCCCGAAAUCUGAACCCCUGGAACAGGCUUCCCCGAAGAAGACAAGUAGAAGACAUUUGGUUAGCACUUGAUUGCCUGUUAUGGCCCGUGACACUGGUUGCAUUAUUUCCCGCCCUUGACAACACAGUUUUCACAGAUUCUCACGCUAAAAUUAGCAAGUUUUCCCGCGCUUGUAAUUUUUUGUCUUCCCGCAGCUUUUGAUGCCUCUAUUGCAUUAUUUGCGUUUGUUUUUGUUGUCAAUAGUAGUGGUUUUGAGUCCAUCUUUGAAACUCCAUGUACGACCAGUUUCCCAGAGCACUACAAAGCUCGGCUACAGCUGAAACCUACCGUUAACGAUCACCUCUCGUAACCGAGCAUCAGUUUUAUGACUUUCCAUCGUUUUAAACCUCAGUUGAAGCAUGGUCUGAAAUCUUAGAUUUUGCUGUAUGCACUACGAUACUCAUAGUAUACAUAUAGAAAAAACUGCUACUGACAACAAGGAACUGUGUAUUUCGUAAAUUGCAUGUAAUAAAUUCUCUUGCCAAAUUUAAUAUGUUGAUACCACUCCUCUACUCGGAAUAGCCUGCGUAACAUGCGGGAAUAGCGGGGAGUACUGUUUUUUUUUUUUUUUUGGCGGCUGAGCCGCCUGAAGUUUGGGAGCAAGUCACCGAAAAUCCUCCGCCGCCAAGAAAAUCCCCGCGCAUAAUAAUCCCACCAGCUACACCGGCUGUAUUUGGAAAAAGAGCCCCGUGGAUCUAUUCUCGUAACUGUCGUAAGCGACCACCUCUCUUGAGCUACCGCGUCGCAUUUAUAGCGUCACUUAUACGAGGUUCGACUGUAUUUUCAGGGUAAUCUAUCGUCCGCAGUAUAAAAUAGAGGUGAGAACAGUGAUUACGUCGGUCAAAGACUGUUGUCCCGGCUUCACAGGAAAAGAUUGCAGUCAAGGUGGGUGAUAUUCUAUCAAAGUCGGUUGCAACUAAGAUUUUCAUUUUCAUUUACAUCAAGCCAUCAACUGGAGUGCUUCUGUUUCAACAGCCUGUUUUAAUUGCACCAAGUUUCUUCUGCUGGAAGCCAGGUUAAAAGCCUUGGAACAGGUUAGUAAUGUACGAAGAUGGAAUUUCAAGGGAAAACAUGAGUAAAACUAACAAAAUGAUAAAGUGCCCGCGCGUCGCUGUCGCGCGUCAUUACGUAUGUCGCUCGCGCGUGACUUCUCGGAGAGCUUGCUCGCCGGUUAACAGACGAGCCAGGUGACUGGCAGGUAACCCGCGUUUAGACUGAAGCUCAGCAUGUACCAAGAUGCCGACCAACUGAAGUGGCUCUUCUCUUUUUAAAAAAGACUGUCACUAUGUCUUUGAGCUCAGCUGAAAAUACAAAUGUAGUUUCAUUUUUUGGGAUGUUCCGUUAGAAACUGCCUUUUGCUUUGAUUUUCUUUUGUUUAUUUAUUGGUUGAUUCAGAUUUGUAGAUAACCAGUAACCGAACUCUUUGAUUUGUGGUGUUUGUUUCGCCGUUUCAAAUUUUAGACCAAACCUACCUCUAGCAUGCAUGCAAUGGACGCCUUGUAACUUACAUAACUUACAGACUCUUUUCAUGGUCGAAGGUUAAAGAAGCCCAUUUUUUGUUUAUUUUUAAAAGAAAAGUCAAAAAGCUCCUGCCGAGGCGAUAGUUCAGGACAGCGAAAUCUCAAGAGGUCCACCGGGACCUCGCGGGCCACCCGGACCCCCCGGGCCCCCCGGGAGACGAGGGGAAACCGGAGAUCCAGGGCCUCCAGGUUUAAACGGAGUCCAAGGUGGGUAGGAUAAUGCAUUAACAUUCCUAGUCUGCACUUAAGCGUAGAAAAGCGAAUAUAAAUUGAUUGUUUUUGUUUUUGUUACUUUCAGGGCAAUCACGUCGUUUAAGAGUCCAGAAAGGCGAGAAAGGAGAUCCCGGCGAGCCGGGUACCACGACAGUGGUGACCGGAGACCCGGGACUACCUGGAUCUACAGGACCCAUUGGACCCCCGGGUUUAAAGGGGGAACUUGGAGAAUCGAUACAAGGACCACGAGGACCCCCUGGACUUCCGGGUCCAGCGGGAGAACCUGGCCGCCCAGCUAUCGGAGCCUCGGUGAGUUUUAAAAAGACGAUCUUAGUUUUAAAUUACUGAAAGGCCUAUGCGUAAAUGUACUUGGUCAUCCAGCAAAACGAUCGGGGACGGCUAUUCUCAGAGUUAAUUCCGUAAAGUUAAUUCGUGGAGUUAGAGUUAAUCCUCCAAAAUCCUGAAUUCAAGAUUUUGGAAAGCUAAAAUGCUUUCCUGCCCAGGUAAAAAAUGAGCCUCUCCCAUUUACAAAUCUAGCCCAUUUACUCCCUAACGCCUGCUAUUACAAAUCUUGCUGUGAAUCGACUAAAUGAUUUUUUCUGGCGCAGCGUUGUUAGUAAAAUUUAAAAAAGCUUAGGCUAAUAUGGCGGAAGUAUUGCAUGCCGAAAACUCCGCUUUUUCGCUUUGAAGCCUUUUGAAAAGAUUAUUGUAAUUGUUCUGCAUUGCACUUUUUCUUUCGGAAAUAGCGACAUUUAACAUCAUUUCAAUUUGCUACUCACAGAGAGCCUACAAAAAGUAUCUUUUUGGUAGACAUGACGCGUGGUAACAAAAAGGUCUUUUUGUAUUUUCAGCCUGAAGAUUUAACCGCUCUUAAAGAUCAGAUGAAAAUGCUGACUGCCAUAGUCAUGGAGUUGGAAGAAAAAGGUAAGCAAAACAAUGCAUGAGCUUCUGUUUCUAUUUAAAGAUAGUUAAAGCAGAAUAGCUUUGUUUGUUCAGGCAAAUAUCAGUUAGAAUUCAAAGGCAGCAUUUUUUGGAAGGGCCGUCUGGUGGAUACUGCUGAGUAGUAUUUCGAGGAUGCUUGAACAAAAUCAUUCAAAAUGGUGGCAUCCCAUGAAUGCAAGGAGGAGAACUAAUGAAAAUGGCGACCUCCCAGUAGGGUGGUUAGACAAACUGGUACAAACCGGUUUUUGGGGGGUGGUGGGAUGCAGGGCAUGUUGUUUCAUGCGGAGGAGCAUGAAGCGUGAGGUGGACGCGUGUUUUUGUUAUUUUGUAAAAAGAUGUUAUCGAACGAGUCUUACGUAUAAAUUGCGCAGCAAAUUGAAUGUUCCUUGGCGUAUUCGAAUGAGUUUUGCCUACUUUCUCCAGGAUGCAACUCCGAUGCGUUAAGGAGUCGGUACACACUAGGCGACAACUUGUAGCAAAUGAUGUUGUGGCGACACGUCGCAGCCACAAAUCGCUCCGUGAGUACUGGAGAACUUUUGUGAAAAUCUUUGUCUCACAAAUCACUCAGUUUCGGAUUGCUUGCAUGUGGGUAUCACCUUCCAAUAAAAUUGCACACCACUAUUAGCAGCUAGAGGUAGUCGGUUACGAGUUUCCUUCUUGCUGAUUGAUUCUGACUUGAUCUUGUUUCCUUAGUUUCCAGGUGCGAGUGCACUGCUGGGAAUCAGCGAGGUGUGGCUAAAAAGAGCGACGCUACAAUGUACCCUUCAACUCUACCGAACAUUGAAUCACAGACCACAAAAGCCACCACUUCAGAGCCAUUGUUCGCUCCACCCGCCAGACUUUGA